AUGUUCGGGCGUCGACGGAGACCCAUUCUCGGCGCCGCCGUCGUCGUCGGCGCAUCCAGGGCAGCCGCCAGGCACGAAGUAGAAAGGCAGGCAGUUAUGGACACCCAGCGCGAGUUGGAGAUACAGCGUGAGGUCGAGCUGCGGAGACGCAAUGAGGAAGAACAGGAACGACGAAUGCAGCGCGCCGUCGAUGAAGCGAUACAGAAGGCGGCCGUUGAAAACCCAGCUCCUCAGCACAGCGCCGCUGCACUUGCACCACCACCGCCACAGCAGUAUUACAGCACCCCAUCACCGAUACCAGUUCAAGCACAGGACGUGGGGCUCCUGGCGGCAAUGCCAGGGCAACCCUACGCACCUGGUACAAACGUAUCGCCCAGCAUCCAGCCGGAGCAACUCAUGCCGUCUCCUCCACGGCCGCCGGCAUACUCGCCACGAUCUCUGGGCAACAACUAA